AUGUCAAGAUCUGGCGACAGGACGUCCACCUUCGACCCUACCCACAGUGAUAACCUCCUCCACGGCCUCAACCUUCUGUGGAGGAAACAGCUUUUCUGUGAUGUGACUCUGACAGCCCAAAGCCAGCAGUUCCAUUGCCACAAAGCCGUGCUGGCUUCCUGUUCCCAGUAUUUCCGAUCGCUUUUCUCCAACAACCAGUGCAAAGAGAGUACGAACGAACCGGGGAGCCGGACCCCAUCUUCCCCGGCCGAGGACAUCUCCCGGUCCAUCAAUAACAUCGUGCUCCAGGGCUGCUCGGCCACCGGCGUCUGCCUGGUCCUGGAGUACAUCUACACGGCCAACAUGACACUGUCUCUGGAUACAGUGGAGGACGUGCUCUCGGUCAGCAAGAUCCUCCACAUCCCCCCCGUCACUAAACUCUGCGCCCAGUUCCUCAACGACCAGAUCUCCAUGCAGAACUACAAGCAGAUCUGCCAGAUCGCCGCCAUCCACGGGCUGGACGAGACCAAGAAGCUGGCCAACAAGUACUUCGUGGAGGACAUCCUGCUCCUCAAUUUCGAGGAGGUGUGCGCCAUGAUGGACUCGAUGCCGCCACCUGUAGAGUCGGAGCUGGCUCUCUUUCAGAUGUCCGUGCUCUGGCUCGAACACGAUCGGGAGACUCGCAUGCAAUACGCCCCGGACCUGAUGAAGCGGCUCCGCUUCGCCCUCAUCCCUGCCACCGAGCUGGUGGAGAGGGUGCAGUCGGUGGAUUUCAUGCGAACCGACCCGGUCUGCCAGAAGCUGCUGCUGGACGCCAUGAACUACCACCUGAUGCCCUUCAGGCAACACUGCCGCCAGAGCAUGGCCAGCAGGAUUCGGUCCAGUAAGAAACUCUUAUUAUUGGUGGGUGGAUUGCCUCCAGGUCCGGAUCGACUUCCAAGCAACUUAGUUCAGUAUUACGAUGAAGAAAAGAAGACGUGGAAAAUCCUUACAAUAAUGCCUUAUAACAGUGCCCACCACUGCGUCGUGGAAGUAGAAAACUUCCUAUUUGUACUAGGAGGAGAAGAUCAAUGGAACCCAAACGGGAAACACAGCACUAAUUUUGUUAGCCGGUAUGAUCCUAGAUUUAACAGCUGGAUACAACUCCCGCCUAUGCAAGAAAGGCGAGCAAGUUUCUAUGCCUGCUUUCUGGAUAAACAUUUGUACGCGAUUGGUGGAAGGAACGAAACUGGUUAUUUGUCAAGUGUUGAAUGUUACAAUCUGGAAGCCAAUGAAUGGUGCUACUUGUCCUCUCUGCCUCAACCCCUGGCAGCUCACGCUGGUGCAGUGCACAAUGGAAAGAUUUACAUAUCAGGAGGCGUUCAUAAUGGUGAAUACGUGUCAUGGCUCUACUGCUAUGACCCAAUAAUGGAUGUAUGGGCCAGAAAACAGGACAUGAACACCAAGCGGGCUAUACACGUUCUGGCUGUGGUGAAUGAUCGUCUGUACUCUAUUGGGGGAAACCAUUUAAAAGGUUUCUCACAUCUUGAUGUUAUGCUCGUUGAAUGUUAUGACCCUAAAGGUGAUCAAUGGAACAUUCUCCAGACUCCUAUCUUGGAGGGUCGCAGUGGUCCAGGCUGUGCAGUACUAGACGAUAAUAUUUACCUUGUUGGUGGCUACAGCUGGAGUAUGGGGGCCUACAAAUCAUCUACAAUUUGCUACAGUCCUGAGAAAGCCACUUGGACAGAAUUGGAAGGGGAAGUUGCUGAACCACUAGCUGGCCCAGCAUGUGCAACUGUUACAUUGCCAGCCUGUGUGCCGUAUAAUAAAUAA